GUCGAAAGAAGCGCUAUAUAAGCGGAGCAGACGACGGAUACCUGGUAACCUAACCUAACCUGGACGCUUAGCCAUGAUCUGCAUCGUGUUGAUGACGUUGCUGGCAUGUGCGCAGGCACAGAUUGUCUGGCCAGUAUAUCCUUUACCUUAUCUUCGGCCACUCACGUCUGCCCAGUUCCAUGCCCAAGAUGGUCUUGGACAGUUCAACUUUGGUUACGCAGGCAAUAACCAGUUCCGCUCAGAAGCCCGUCUGCUGGACGGCUCAGUGAGAGGGAGCUACAGUUAUGUGGACCCUAACAAUAAGUUAGUACGUGUUGUCUACAUUGCUGACUCUGAAGGGUAUCGUGUGCUGGAAGGAAACAACUUGCCUACAGUACCAGCUGUGCCUGCCCCCCUAGAGGCACCAGCCCCUGUCGACUACACCCCUGAGGUGGCUGCAGCUAGAGCAGAGUUUGAGAAGACCUACAAGGAACUGGCAGCCAAGGCAGCUGUUCCUGAGGAGUCUGAAGCCACUGAAGUCAAGAGUUCAGAGGAGCGAAGGAAACGCUCUGCUGUCCUUCUACCUGCAUUGUACUCUGUUCCAUCUGCCUCAGUCAAGGUGAAGGUAACAGAGAGUGAGAAAAUUAAGGAUGUAAUCAGUCCUGCCAACACAACACCGGUGAAAUAUUCUGAUGCAGAACGUUCAGUCCCAGUAGCUCCACUGGUGUUAGCUCCAGCCUCGUACCACUACGUUCCUCCUUACCACAGCUACUUCUACACACUUUGAGCACAAUGCAAACUUCGCGAGUACAUUCAUAGUGCAACGUACAUAAAUGUCAUAGUCCAAAUGUGUUAGACCUAGUCUUAAUUUGAACAGUGAGUUUUCAUAUUUGUUGUUUGCUGAUAAUGAUUGUCCACAGUAAAAAAUGGAAAAAAUUGUAUAAUUUUUA